CCCAUGGAGGGUUGAAUGCGGAAAUAUUGACGAGGCCACCUGCGCACUGUAGGACAUCAUCCAAAAACGCUUGGAGGUGCAGCAGCCAUGAAACCCCGACUGCACUUGGUGGUGGACCCCGCGGGCUGGCUGUGCGUCGGCGUCGUCUUCGGGAUCUGGCUCUACAAUUCCGUCUUCGUUCCCGAGCUGGUUCUGCUGCCGCACUACAGAGAAGGCCACAUACCCUGGGCUGUCGUCAUUUGUUAUUACGCCGCGUCAGCGCUCUGCUUUGUGGCCCUGCUCAGGGCAUCCACGGCGGAUCCCGGCCACCUUCCGACGAACCCGCAUAUACCUCAUUCCGAGCGAGAGCACUGGGAACUGUGCAACAAGUGCAACCUAAUGCGACCCAAAAGGACCCAUCACUGCAGUCGUUGUGGUCACUGUGUACGCAGGAUGGACCACCACUGUCCCUGGAUCAAUAACUGCGUGGGGGAAGACAAUCACUGGCUCUUCCUGCAGCUCUGCUUCUACACACAGGUCCUUAGUGGCUUCACGGUGGCGCUGGACUUCUGCCAGUACUAUUACUUCCAGCCCCUCGCGCACCUGGACCAGGAGAAGUUCACGACGCGGCACGAGCUGGCUCUGCUGCGGGCUUCGGCGAUCACGGGCGUGGUCAUGUUCGGCGGCAUUUCGGCCUUGUUUUAUUCCCAGCUGGUCGGCGUCCUCUCGGAUACCACCACUAUCGAGAAGAUGACUCAGUUCUCGAGUGAAAUACACGGCCUGAAGAAAUCGUGGCAGCGGGCGCUGGCCGAGGUGUGCGGCACCCACCGGAAGGCGCUGUGGUUCGUGCCGCUCCGAAGCAGGCGGGCGCUCCUAGCCGGCAGCCGCUUCGGAGCCCAGGUGUAGCCCCCCCCCCCCCCCAAACGGUAUUGUUGGCAGUCAUGCCAGUGGAAGCAGCCGGUAAAAGCAAAACGCUCUCAGGUUGGUUUGAUUAUUAUGAUGUCGUAUUACACAAACACUCCAGCUUAAAAGUUUUACAGCUGUUUUAUUUUUUUCCCACAAUAUUACGCACCGAUCAUCAAUGGUACUCUUGAAGGCACGCUUUUCAACUGUAUUUCUCCAGAUCGCAUCUGUGUCGAGAAUUUUGAAGAUGGAUGUUUUUUAAGAUUCUAUUUAAAAUAAUAUAUUUCAGGUUGGAGUGUUUAUGAUGCUGUUUGAUUGGGUUUGAAGUAUUUUAUGUUUUCUCGUGAGUCUUUUUAAAAAAAAUAAAAAAUAAAAAAAAAAAUUAAAUGCUAUUUUUUGGGGGGAAUUUUUUGGUAAAAUGAAUAAAUGGAAUUUGUAUCAAUUCUUAAUAUUUUUUCACAUCUUUUUGUUUUUCUUUCCUCCCUUUUGUCUUCAAUUGUUAUCUUUUUUCGGUGUUGUAUUUAUUAUUUUUUUCAAAAAAUAUGUGGCCAAUUACGAAUUGUCUAUUGAUCACACCCGACAGCGGUGCUAAGUGUGAAUCGAGUGAUGAUCGUGAAAGAAAUCCCACGCUUACGAAUGGAGUUAUGAUAUUAUUAUGAUUGAAUGUGAUUCAACUAUGCCACUGCUUACAUUACUUACACUGUGUUUCAAAUUAUGACGCAAGUGCUCUUUUUGUUCAUUUUUCUAAAUAGUCAAUGUGGUUUGCAGGCUUUCUCAUAAUGGGGAUUUUAUUGAACAAAACCACCACGGCGAUAAGCAUAUUUUCUCCGAAAUUUGGAACACAGUGUAUUUAUUGCGCCGUUCGUGGGGUUUCUGUGUUUACUACAAAAACAGCAACGUUGUUAUUUAAAAGUGUUCUGUUAAUUUGCACUUGUUUGAGUUUUUGUCCAAAUAGAAGGGGAAUAAAU